CAACAAGUGAAAUGUCUAACUAGACGAUCUUUGUACAGGGAAGAUGCUCAGCAGGGCUACUGUGCCAAAACCUUAUAUAUCAACAAGCAUGAAAUGGUACAGCCCACCGACGUGCUGCGCGGGAGCGGAAAACGUGCAUCCGUCUGUGUGUUUCUGGUGAAGAAUUGUGCUUCAACGACACUGUAACAGAAAACAACACACAUCCCAUCAUUCACAGAAACGUCUGAACGAACCAGAGAUCGGUAAAUUUGGUUAUAAGUGCAGCAUGGCUCGAGAUUGGAAACAUGGUGAUCUUAUUUUUGCCAAGAUGAAGGGAUAUCCACACUGGCCUGCAAGAAUCGAUGAAGUCCCCGAUGGAGCUGUGAAGCCAGCCAAUAUAAAGUUCCCUAUUUUCUUCUUUGGUACCCAUGAAACAGCAUUUCUUGGCCCAAAAGAUAUCUUUCCAUACCAGCAAAACAAAGAGAAGUAUGCCAAGCCCAACAAGAGGAAAGGCUUCAAUGAAGGAUUGUGGGAGAUUGAAAACAACCCAAAAGUUGAGCUCACCGCACCUAAGCCGGUCCCUCCUGCAUCUUUUACUGAAAAGGAUUCAGACAGCAGCCCGGAGGGAGAGGAGGAAGCAGACAAAAAGGGGGUCAAAUCCAAAGUUCCAGGAAGUGAGGCUGAGCAGGAGAAUGAGAAUGUGGAAGAGAAGGAGGAGGAGGAAGGGUCUGUGAUCACUGAGCAGGGUCCUCAGGACCAGGAUGGCUCGACUCAAAAAGAUUCCACAGAUGUUGCUAAACCCAAGAGAGGAAGAAAGAAAAAGAGUGAUGCCGACCAAGAGACUGAGAAAGAGGAUGCUCCUGCAAGUCCUGCUAGUCCCUCAGGUGGAGAAGCCCCUAAAAAACGAGGCAGGAAGCCGAAGAGUGAGAAGAUGCUUUUGCUCCAACAGCAGGAGCAGCAGGGCUCAGGAAGUGAAAUGGACACAGCUGAUUCAGACAGAAAGAGGAAGAGGGCAACAGAGGAUAAGUCAAAGAGUGGAGAGGAGGAGAAGAGGAAGAAGGAGGAGAGCAAAGGAAAGGAUGCAGAGGGGAAGGAACCUGAAUCCAAGAAGAAGAAGCAGUCCAAGGAUGAAGGCUCCUCGGGCUCUGAUGAUGAAGAGAAAACCAAGGGCAGAAAGAAAAACCAAAACUCAGAAGUGGACAAAGAUGUGCGGCGGCGGAAAGCAGACGAACUGAGAGAGACAAACAAGGAUGAUGGGAAGAAAAAUGAAGAGAGGACAGGAGCUAAGAAAAAGGAGAUAUCAACAGACUCCAAACUCCAAAGACUUCACAGUGAAAUCAAGAUUUCACUGAAAAUUGACAACCCUGAUGUGAAGAAGUGCUUGGAUGCAUUAGAUGAGAUUGGCUCCCUUCAAGUCACAACCCAGCACCUGCAGAAACACAGUGAACUCAUUGCCACGCUCAAAAAGAUCCGCAGGUUCAAAGCCAGCCAGGACAUCAUGGACAAAGCCACCAUGCUGUAUAACAAGUUUAAGAGUAUGUUCCUGGUUGGAGAGGGUGACUGUGUGCUCAGCCAGGUGCUCAACAAGUCUUUAGCUGAACAGCGGCAGCAUGAGGAGGCCAAGAAAGGAGCGCUGAAGAAAGUAGAACAAGCCAAGGAAAACAACCCAGACAAGAUGACAAACGGUGAUACCAGCCCUGACGAGAAGAAGCAGGAGACAGAGAAGGAGAGGUCUCUUGAGGACGCCUCAGUUGGAGAAAAUCACAGUGCUCCAAAGGCUCAGGAGGAGUCCACUUGAGUUUUUUCACCACGCCUGACGAAAACUGCUGCUCUGCUUUUACAACUCAAGUCCAAACUGGGACCUCCUGCCUGGUUCAGUCUGAUGAGUCAUGACUGAUCAGUGGUUUACGAUUAAACUAACUGUUUGGGUUGGCAUUGCUGCUCAAAGGUUUUACUGUAUCCAAUCCCUUGAAGAUAAAAACUGACUGACAUAUUUUAUUUUUUUACUUGCCUAUCAUGUACCUUUCAGACACCUUAUGUCUCCAUUGUUGAAGUUGAGAAAUGACAGUGUAGGAAGUAGGAAUCAGGAAUCUGUGCAGUGAGAUCUUACCGAGCAUUCAAGGUUAGAUCCAUUUGCUCCUAUUUCAUUCGCAGUAGAUGGGUUUGAUUCAACAGAAUCAACAGAUGAUUUGAAAGUGAAGUAAAUAAGUGUAGUUCUAGUUGGACGCACCAGUACUGUUAACAUUUUGUAUUCACUUUAGAUUCACACACAGAAAAUUUAGUUUGCCAAAGUUGAUCUUUCCACUUUUUCUCAACCACGUUCCAGCAUCUGUUUUUAAAGUUGUUUUAGUUUUUAACAUAGAUGUAAAUAAGAGUAUUUUUGUGCCUGUCGGAUGACUGUAUCCAACCUCAUAAUAAAGUAGUAUGAUCAGUAAUA